AUGUGUAAAUAUUGGAUGGAAGCUACACCAAAACCCUUGUCUUUAAUUUUGUCUAAAAUAAAACAUUACACAGGAGAUGUGAUUGUGACAUCUAUCAAGGAUUGUGUGGAUUUAUCAAGCCCCGGGUCACAAAUCCGGCGAGAGCGAUUCCGGGGUAAAGAUCAGAUGGAUAUCUCGACUUUACUCUCUCAUCUUGCUAUUCUUUAUCCUUCUCCAACUACGCCUAUCAACCUCUUCCCUUCUCAAACUCAACAGGCUCAGUCACAGAAGGCCAUUUAUGAUUUCAUGGCCGAGCCAUCUGCCUGGUCGUUGGCAGGCCAGAUAUUGGACUCCCUAGGAACAGCUGAUUGGGCAGAGGAUACAAAUACACGCUUCAUCGCAGCUCACACCCUUGCUGUCAAAAUCUCGAGAGAUUGGGAUAGUCUUCCGAGCGAUCAAUAUCUAUCUCUCAAAGAACGUCUGCUUCACUGGCUACAUCAGAGCGCCCAACGCGCUUCGCCGUCUUCGUCUCAUGACCCAACUCGCAAAUCCCACACCUCCGCCGACGUAAUUGUCUUACGAAAAUUGGCAGUCGCAGUCUCUGCUCUAUCAUUGAAGCUCGUACCCAGCCCAUUGAAAUGUUGGGACCAUUGGCUUUUGGAGACGAUCACAAGAAUAUCAAGCUCGGGCCAAUGUAUCAAUUCACUUCUGGUCGUUCUGACUAUUGUUGCUGAAGAAGCAGCUCGUGCAGACUUAAUCGGACCUCUUAGCGAGUCUGACAUUCCUGACUUUCCUAAACCCUUCAGAGUCCAGUAUGACAAAUCAAUCCAAGACGGGGGCUCUCUGGUGAUCAGAACACUUGUGGAUGCAUUAACAUCUGAUGGCUCAAGUACCAAGAUAUCUGCUUUGACGUGCAGUCAGGCUUGGCUGUCUGCUUCGCAUCUCAAUAUCGAAGGUCCUAUGUCGCUAUGGCCAAUCCUGCUCGAUCUACUUACAAAAUCGGUUUACUUGUUGGCCUACGUUAGUGAUGAUGGUGCAGAUCAUUUGCCCAGUGAAGAAGAAGACAUCAUCCAAAAGACAGCAGAAUGCAUCGAAGAACUUGUGUCCUCCAGCAAUGGGGGACUCAAUUGUGGAGGUGGGUUUGUCACUAGCACGCGUGUGGUACCGCUAUUGGACUGGUAUGCUGGCGAUCUUGUGGGUACACUGAUAGAAAAAGCCGUCAUGACACAAGACGUCCCCGAUGCGAUCUUGGCCAUAUUCAAAUUAUUUGUUUCACUUGCAGAGCAUUCAAUAUCUCACAUCGCCGCUACUAUAUCUUCUUCCAGGAGCUUGAUUUUAUUGCGACGGCUUUUGAGAAUCACACUAUUUCCUGGAUUUUAUGGAGUCGAUGAGCAAGUAUCGGCCUUACCAUUACCGAUCUGGACACUUUUGCAAGAAGAGAUCACGGACAUGGGAUAUCUAGGUAAUAUGGAAGAGACUUUCCAAGACACUUUGGAACGGCCUCACGAUCUGAUAGAGAGCAACAAGAAGCACAAAUCAUUGUCCAAUGAAAUCUUCAAGGCUUUAACCGAAGGCUUGAAGGUCAAAUCAAGUUGGCCGAAGCAGGGUGAACUGUCUUCUCUCUGGACUAAGGACAGGGUGGCAGCUUUUCAAAACCAGAUUCGCGUGGACAUUGGGGAGGCUUUGCUAGCUUGUUAUUACGUAAGGCGAGAUGAAAUGUUGGCUGAUCUAACUGCCGAGGUGAAGUACCUUGUCGAUAAGCCUCAAGCAUUUGGCGAGAACUAUGAGGAUCUAGAAGCGUGCUUGUUCUGUCUUCGAGCCAUACAAGAGGGGAUCCCACUAGAAGAAUCAACUUGUCUCCCAGCUCUUCUCAGCUCUGACGUACUCCUCAAACUGCCAAAAGGAGACUCUGGCGCAUUUGCCAGAUUAACCAGCACGUGCUUGGUUCUCAUAGGAGGAUUUUCUGAGUGGCUAAAGCAGCGUCCUGAGCAGCUCUCGACGUGCCUCAAUUGGGUAGCCCCCUCGCUCAGCUCGUGCGACGUUGAUAUAGUCUCUUUGGCAGCCACUGCUUUUCGACGGCUCUGUCACGAGGGGCGCAAAACCCUGGUCAACGAUAUCGCAUCUUUGGCUCAAUUAAUCCGAUCGACUGAGGGGAGGAUCCCGGCGGACGAAUAUAACAAAGUACUUCAGUCCGUCGCUAGCGUCCUGCAAGCCUUGCCACCGAUCUCGCUGGUAGAGCCACUCUUGAGUUUGUUGGGUCCGGUCAUCACCCGGCUUAACCAGGUCACGCGACUUUAUUCCGAAACGCAUGAUGCGGAACAUCGGGUGGUGAUCAUUGAUCAAUUGAGACAGCUGAAGGCCGCAAACUCUGGGCUUUCAGAGCCAGACGAAGGGCUCAUUCUAUUGGACCUAGACGAGAGUAAUCCUGAGCAAACCAAAGCUAAUGAGCUAGCGUCACUUGGGCCAAUCCAAUCCUUGAGGUCAAGUCUUGCGGAUCUAAUUUGUAAGAUCAUUAGGCUUUCAGUAGGCGACGUGGAUUUGGCAAUUGAUGUAACCGAAUUGUUGCGUACCUGCACAUCCCAUGGUAUUCCGACGGCUAUGUCCCUCGACCCAUUCCCGAUCCUAAUCAGCUGCGUGUCAAACCUCUCAAAUGAUCGAAUGAAUCUUGCCAUAUGGUUCUCCCUCUCGACUUCUCUCAUGCUGGCCAUAUCAAGAUCAACCGGUCGAAAGAUACCACCCGAAAACCUUGCAAUGAUUGUGGAGUGCGUCAAAGAGUCUGUUCGGAUCGCGACGGAAGCGUUGAGCUCGGACGCAGCGAUGAAACAUCACCCGGAUAUAGUGCAGACAUUUUUACAAUUUUGUGUUGCAGUCACGGAAUCGUAUAUUGGUGUCUUUGACAACCUUCACGACGAGCUUCAAUCAAUUGUGAUGAUAGCAAUCCGGGGUUUGAGAAUUGAAGAGAGAAUCGCUUUACAAGCCGCCCUUGAUAUCUUAAAAAGCUUUGCACAACACACUCGGGCCAAUGCAAAUCCAGCCCAAUCAGAACUUUUUGUUCAGCUCUUAACGGCCCACAGUUACGAUAUCCUCAAUGGCAUUGUCUUUGGUAUCGGGGGUGGAUUACCCAGAAGCGCUCUGCCGGCUCUGGCUGAAACUAUCCACUGCUUUUUCAUCCGACUACCGGAGACGAGUCGAGCAUGCCUGACAAAGCUUUUUGAAAUGCCUGGGUACCCUAGUGACAAGGUCAAUCAAGAACGCAAGACGAAAUUUCUACAGGGCUUGUGCAGCGCUCGCACCUUGAAGAAGGCUCGUGAUCUAUGCACAGAAUUUGCAAUCUUAUCAAGAGGCUUAGAGGGAACAGCGUAUGGAGCCAGUCAAUUGCACUUAUCUUUCAAUUGAUCAUGUGCAAAUUCACCUGCUUUGUCAUCACAUGGUUGUAUGUCCAUAAGCCAAUGCUCUGUUUUACUCUUGAACGUGGUGAUUGAUAUAUGGUUGACCAACCCCAUCAUGGC